GUGUCCUGAGCGCCAGGAGCGGGCCCCACCCCGUGGCGGCCGCAGAGGAAGGCGCCAUGGAGACCCCGGCCCCGGAGCCCCGGGAGACAGCUCUCCCCUCUCAGGACCCUGCUCUUUCCCGCCAAGAGAUUCCAGAAGAUAAAAUGGGUCAGGGUCUCCUGCAAGCCAGGUGCGAGGAAUCGGUGACUUUCAAGGAUGUGGCCGUGGACUUCACCCAGGAAGAGUGGGGCCAGCUGGACUCCCCUCAGAGGGCCCUGUACCGGGAUGUGAUGCUGGAGAACUACCAGAACCUUCUCGCCCUGGGGCCUCCGGUCUGCAAGCCCGACGUGAUCUCCCACCUGGAGCGAGGUGAGGAGCCAUGGCGGGUGCCCAGAGAGGUUCUCGGAGGGGUGCAUCCAGAGCGGGGGCCCAGGCCUGAGAUCGGGGAGCUGUCACCUCAGCAGCUGGUCAUUUACAAAGAAGAGCCUUCGUGGGAGCCUGUCUCAGAGCAGGUGGCGCCGUCUGGUCUCCACGUCCUGAAUCUGGGUGAUGGUGGUGCUUGGGGUGGCCUGGUGACUGCUCUGUCAUGUGACGAGGCUGUGCUCUGGAGGCCCGUGCCCGCCAGCGCUGAGGACAUUUCCACGGAGGAGCGCUGCCAGGGUCACAGGGCGUCUGAGGAGGACAUUCACCCGAGGUGCGCCAUCCCCGCAGCAGGAGGCUCUCUGGACGGACACGCAGAGAGCUUCCCACCUAGCGGGGCCGGGAGCUGGCGGCAGAGACCCGGCAGGGGGAGAAAGUCCAGUGGGAAGCAGCCGCCCGUUGGCAGGCGGCGGGGCAGUGGGGAAGGGGCCAGCGUCUUCGCGUGCGGAGACUGCGGAAAGGCCUUCCAGCAGAGCACGGCGCUGGCGCUGCACCGGCGCUGGCACACGCGGGAGAAGGCCUACAAGUGCGGCGAGUGCGGCAAGGCCUUCACUUGGAGCACCAACCUCCUGGAACACCAGCGCAUCCACACCGGCGAGAAGCCCUUCUUCUGCGGCGAGUGUGGCAAGGCCUUCAGCUGCCACUCGUCCCUGAAUGUGCACCAGCGCAUCCACACGGGCGAGAGGCCCUACAAGUGUGGCGCCUGCGAGAAGGCCUUCAGCUGCAGCUCCCUGCUCAGCAUGCACCUGCGCGUCCACACCGGCGAGAAGCCCUACAAAUGCGCUGAGUGCGGCAAGGCCUUCAACCAGAGGACACACCUGACGCGACACCACAGGAUCCACACCGGGGAGAAGCCCUACAAGUGUGCCGAGUGCGGCAAGGCCUUCACCUGCCACUCAUCCCUGACGGUGCACGAGAAGAUCCACAAUGGUGACAAGCCAUUCAAGUGCAGUGACUGCGAGAAGGCCUUCAACAACCGCUCCCGCCUGACGCUGCACCAGAGGACCCACACGGGCGAGAAGCCCUUCAAGUGCGGCGACUGCGGGAAGGGCUUCAGCUGCCACUCCUACCUCGUCGUGCACCAGCGCAUCCACAGCGGGGAGAGGCCCUUCCGCUGCAACGAGUGCGGCAAGGCCUUCAGCUCCCACUCCUACCUGAUCGUGCACCAGCGCGUGCACACCGGGGAGAAGCCCUUCGACUGCAGCCGGUGCUGGAAGGCCUUCAGCUGCCACUCGUCCCUCAUCGUGCACCAGCGCGUACACACCGGGGAGAAGCCCUACAAGUGUGGCCAGUGUGGCAAGGCCUUCAGCCAGAAUCACUGCCUCAUUAAACAUCAGAAGGUCCACUCCGUGGAGAAGCCGUUUAAGUGCAACGAGUGUGGCGAGGUGUUCAGCUGGAGCGGCCCACUGGCGGAGCACCAGAGAGCCCACAGCGAGGAGAAGCCCUUCGCCAUCCAGUUGGACAAGCACUUGCUCAGCACCUACUAUGUACCCGGCGGCCUGCUGGGCACGGGGGGCUCGGGCGUGGACCCCAUCGAUGCCCUGGACAUGGCUGAGCUCCUGUGCGUGGUCCCCCCCUCAGCCACCAGGAAUUGCCCCCUGGGCAGCAAGCCUGGAAAUUGACGCAGGAGGUCAUCCCAAGGAGGCCCAGCUUCACGCACCUGCCUUAGGCAAGCACCUCUUGCCAUCGCCUCCCGGGAGGAAGAUGCUGCAGGAGAGUUGAGGGCCGUUUGAGGAUGUCCCGCCGUCCUGUUUUCCUUGGUGGGUUUGGAAGUCACUGAAAGGGGAGUAGAUGAUUUCUGCAGAUAAAAAGACGGUAUGUCAGCUGUUGUGUCCUUGGACAGCCUCCUGGCAUGAUUUCGAUCAGGAGUUUCCUCUGUAAACUAUUAUGUUAAUGAUGUUAAAAAACAAGAAUUAUGAACAGCAUUACUUCCAAGUGAAGAUUAUUCUAUUCCAGGAUGGGGGAUUAAUCUCGGAUGGUGGAGGUUUGGGAAAAAGUGAAUUUUCUGGACUCAGCUCACUUACAUAGCAGCCGCCAGAGAACCCAGCCCAGCAUCCGAGGAGCCAGGUCUUGAUACAACAGCAUCGUGCCUGGCCACCUUGUCUGCGGUGAGAAAGUGGGACACACAAGUACGUGCAUCUGGGAGAGAGGGGUCUGGAAGCACGCUGUCACCCCCGGCUGGCAAGGCUGCCUGCAGUGCCUCUCUGUGGACCAUGCAGCUCGGCUUCCCUGCCCCGCCCCGCCUGGCCCCACCCCGCCCAAGGAGCCCCUCGAGGACUCUCACCCCCAUGCUCUCGCAGAGGCAGAAAGCAUGGUCUUCUGGGGCUUGUCACGCUUGAAGUGUGUCAUUUCUACUCAGUUCUAAGCAGGUAUAAGCUGUCUUCUCAGUGGUGAUACUUCACACUUGUAUAGAGAGUGCUAUAGUUUACAAAAUGCUCUUUAGUAUACUUUUUAAAUUGUGGAGGCAAAGUAACCACAUUUCAGGAAAUACAGAAUUAAGGGGGAAAUACCCAUAAUUCUUAAUAAAACAGCAUUUCACGCUUUGAUA